AUGACUCGUCCAGCUUUCGUCGACCCCGACUACUGGCACCUGCUCGGCGGCCAAACGCCAGCACCGCCGCCUCCACAGACGGACCUAUACGCCAUCAGAAACACGACCACGGCCGCGACCAAGGCAGCAUCCGACGCGCUAUCUUUCCCGAUCGGCAUGACCACGACAGUGAGCACCGCCACAGCGUCUGAUGGUAGCAGGUUCAACAUCACACGCUUCGUACCGCUCGCCGUGCAGCAGAGCCAGCACACGGCCCCGCCGCAAAGGGCCGUCGUCUAUGCAUUUGGCGGCGGCUUGAUUGCGGGCAGCGUCGCUGUUUCUUACAGCAUAAUUGCAAACUUUGCUGAGCAGAUCGCGACCCAAGUCUUCGCGCCCGACUACCGCCUGGCGCCAGAGCACCCCUACCCGGCGGCUCUGGACGACGCGCAUUCGGUCGACUUCAAUGUCAAUCCCGCUCGCAUCAUCACCUUCGGCCAGAGCGCGGGUGGCGCGCUCACUGCUGCCGCGGCGCUCAAGGCCAGAGACGAGGGUCUGAACCCUCCCCUCGUCGCCCAGGUCCUGCGCUACCCUAUGCUAGACGACCGGACCACAAUGGAUCCUCAGAACCCCCGGUUUCCAUUCUUGACUUGGUCUCCCAGUAGUAACACGAUCGUAUGGAAGGCGUAUUUGGGGAAGAUCAACGAAACGAAGCAGAGCUUAGGGUGCGCAGCUCCGGCCCCCUACACGGCCACCCCCACUCGUGCCGAUGCUCUGCACGGCCUACCUCCAACUCACCUAGGCGUUGGGGGCCUAGACCUCUUCCGCGACGAAUCCGUGGCCUUCGCAGCCAGGUUGUCGUCGCACAACGUCAAGGUGCAAUCUAAGGUCUACCCUGGCGUGCCACACGGCUUCGACGGCAGCCCUGCUUUCUCGCUCAGGUUCGAGCUGUGGAGUGAUGAGGCGAAAAUCAUUCAGCAGUAUUAG